AUGUUGCCACCAGCUGCUAUGCACUUGGAACAAAAAGAGAGUACUGAAAAAAUGACAGGUACACAACAAUACCUUCAUCAAUAUCGUAAUAAAUAUUAUCACGAUGAUCGACAUCAACAUCCUGGACAUCCACAAAAGCAACAAGAUUGUCAUCGGUAUCGUCGUCAUUAUCGCAAUGAUCAUCAUUAUCAUCAUCAUCAUCACCAUUACCAUCACCGUCAUCAUCGAUAUAAACAUCAUCAACUUAGUUCUCAAACUGAUCAACAGUUACAGAACGGAUCUCGCAAUUCGCGGAAUACAGAUUAUCGUCGCACAAUUUCUCCUUUAUCAUCAACUAUAUCACUUAACGAUAAUUCAUCCUCAAUUCAGCACGCGAAUAUGUUUGUAACAGCAAGAGAACGUUUUCCUUCGUCGAGUAGUACUGAUGAUGAUCAAAGCGGUUCUGAUACGGAACAUGACUCGAACGCAUUGCGUUCUAAGGUCCACUCUGGAAUAGUUCAUCAUUCCGGUACUCAUUCGGUGCGAAAACGUCGAGGAAAUUUACCAAAGCAUUCGGUGAAGAUUCUAAAACGAUGGCUUUACGAGCACAGAUACAAUGCGUAUCCAAGCGACAGCGAGAAGCUGACAUUGAGUCAAGAAGCAAAUUUGACUGUACUCCAGGUUUGCAAUUGGUUUAUAAAUGCCAGACGACGAAUUUUACCAGAAAUGAUUCGAAGAGAAGGUCAUGAUCCUUUGCAGUAUACAAUAUCUCGUCGUGGUAAAAAGAUGCCUGCAGGAAAUCAUCAACAAUCAUCCAGUCUUAAUUCAAGAUCUAAUCAAAAUUGGGAUUCGUUAGCUGGCAUGAGCGCUCCAAAACGUAGUAGAGAUCAUGAUUAUGAAGAUCAUGCUGGAUUAAUGUAUAGAAGCGAAGAGGAUAGUCCAAACGAUUAUGAGAGCAGUUCUCAUAGUGAAGAGGAACGUCCGUCAACACAGUGGCCAAGUGUAAUAGUCUAUCCUUAUUCGGAAGCUAAAAUUGAACAAAACGUUAGUCAACUUGGUCCUUAUGACGAAACGAUUACGCAUCCGGCGCGGCGCGGAGAUGAUGAUGAAUCUUCCAUGGGAAAUGAAGCUGCAUAUUGGAGCGCACCUAGACAGCACCUUAUUCAAACCUCUGAUGUACAACAUGAAACAGAAGUAUAUAGUACACGUAAGACUCACAGCCCACAUACAGAUGAAACGCCACCUCCAACACCACCCGAAGAGGAUAAAGACAAGUUCAAGUGUCUUUACUUGCUGGUUGAGGCAGCUGUUGCCGUGCGACAACAGGAAAAAGAACGUGAGGGGGCCGUACCGGUUUAACGAGAGCAGUACUUCUCGCAGCUUACAAUGAUGUUUUUUUUAACUUUCGAUUUUCCAUUAUUCUGUGGGAAAUACAAAACAAAUCUUCGCUUUGGUAUCAUCGUCACGAAACUGAUAAUUUUAUUUUAUUUUAUUUUAUAUUUCUUUUUUUUCUUUCUUUUUUUUUCUUUUUUUUUUUUUUUUUUUUUUUUUUUUAAUUUUAAUUCUUUUCCUCUCUUUAACUUCAUUCAAUAAUAUUCUACAUAUAAAUAAUUUUUCGCAAUUUCGAUAUACGUGAAUUGAACAAGAAAAAAAGUUAACGUUAUUCACGAUAUAUUUUCCUUUCGAAUAUUUUAAUUCUUUCAUCAAUUUUGCAUACAUUUAUGUAUAUAAGAAAAGGAGAAUAUCAGAGACUUUUGAAAUUUGAUAACAAACUUGAAUUAUAUAAUAACAAGACAGUAAACGAUUGUGCAUAUAAUAGUGCUCUUCAAAUAUUGUGAUUAUCUUCAUGCGGCAUGUGAUUUAUGAAUGCAUUAUUUUGAAAUCACAUACAACGAAAACUUUCAAAAGUACAUAUACGAACAGUACUAUUACUGUUUUUCAGUAUUCGUUGUGUUCUUUAAAAUAAUAACAAGAAUUCUUUUGAAUGGAGGUCAGUAAGAAGUUUAAUAAGAACAAUCCUGCCUUCUUGUUGAAAAAGUAAAAUGCCAACAUACAUACAUUGUAAAUCAAUAUCGAAUAUAUAUUAUAUCGCGUGAAAAUGACACUUAAAUAAGAUACGUUUUUGUUUUGAUGUUUAUAUUUUUUUGUCGAUACGCGUAUUCUAAUGCGCGAUUGGCAAAAAGAAACGUGAGAUUGACGGUCAAACAAGUGCCAAAAUAUUGUGUUGAAAGUGAAAGAUUGUGCGAUGAGAGGAAAAGAAAUCGAAUGUCAAUUUACAUUUUCGUUCGAAUCUUUGUUUCGUGUAUCGUAAUUUAUCAUAAAUUGUCUAUAUAUGAUUAUUUUCCAUCAUUCGUAGGGAAAAAGAGAGAAGUGAAAAGAAACUAAGGGAAAGGAGGAAAAAAUAAAGAAAACAAUUGAUAGGAAUGUUAUGAAUGUAACACUUGAGAAUAUAAACAUUCAAAUGUUUUUAUUUUAUCCGAUAAAGAAAGAAGUAGAUUUAUUGGAUAUAAUUGUUUACAAAGUUUAUUUAUCAUCAUACUUUAAUUUACCUCCUAUACGUUCACGCUAUAAUAAUUUGGCUUGCAACAGAAAAAACUGACUGAAAGAAAAUCAAAAGCAUUUUCUUAUGUUCCAUUGUCACUCUUCUUUUCUUUUGCAAUCGAAUUAGUUGUACGAUAUUAAUAACGUUAUUUAUAUUUGCCAUUUAUAUUUAAAAGUUAUACAGUACUUAAAUUCACAAUUAUAUUUUGUGUGUAUUCUUUUUCUUUCUUUUUAGUAAUAUUUUUCUAUCAUUUUCUAAUUAUUAUUGUUAAAACUAUACCAACUAUACCAACUAUUUUACAGCAAUUAUGAUUUUUAUAACAUUUAUAUUCGCAUUUACGUUAAACUGAUAAGAUAAGACUGUUUUGGAAAAGAAAUUUAUACACAUAGUGAUGUUUUACGUAAAACUGAUGCAACUCUCCCUUUUCUCCCUUAGAAUGAUUGAAUGAUUGAAUAUAAAAUGAAUAGUAGCGAUUUAUGUUCUAUGAUUCUUUUUACAAGUAUAAAAAAGAAAAUAUGUUCAAUUAAAAAUAAAAAUAAAAAAACGAUACACGAAACGCGUGAAAAGCGCUUAUUAAUUGCAUUAAAUACAAGGAUUGACGAUAAGCGUAUGUGCCUACUAAGAAAUAAACGAGUUAGAUAUUAAGUAUGUAUACAUAGAUUUAUAUUACAGCCACGUGAUUCAACAUAUGAUUCAACACAAAAACACGAAUUUUUAAAUAUUCGUUAUUUGGAAAUUAGCGACAUAAAUCGAAUAUAGAAUAGAAAAAUCAUUGGUACAAACACCAAAGACUUAACCGUUAGUUAUAUCGAAUAAUUAAGUUCUUUAAAUAAAUUCACAUAGACGAGACCUUUUUGCCGAAUACGUAGCUAGUUAAUGUGUUUGUUGUGUGCUCGAGCGUUUAGUAAAAUUCAUUAAAGAAGAAGAAGAAGAAGAAGAAAACAAAAAAAAAAAUAAGAUGAUGAUGAUAGUGAUGAAGAUGAUGAUAAUGAUGAUGAUGACUAUGAUGAUGAUGAUAAUGAUGAUAAUGAUAGUAGUAAUAGUGAUGGUGAUGGUGAUGAUGAUUAUGAUAUGAUGAUCAUGAUGAUGAUGAUGAUAAUUGAUAAUGAUAAUGAUAAAAGUAAAGAAGACGAACAAGAAGAGGAGAAAAGAAAAAAAAAUAUGACACGAAUAAGAAGAAAAAAGAAAAAAAAGGAAGUAAUAGGUGAAGAAGGAAAAA